AAAGUGAUGUAUAUGGAAUCUGGGUCAGCUGUAGCUGGUUAGAGCACUUCUGCAUGUGAGAAUUAAACACUGCAGUUUCAAAAAACAUUUCUCUUUCUCUCCUGGAACAACACAUACUGGAGCAUUACUUUUUUUCUUUUUUUUAAACUGAUUAGUUAGCUUGGUUAUCGUAUGGAGAAACGCAAUUCCUCAAUACAGCUUGGAUCUAAUAGAGAAAGACAAAAGCAGUUUUCAGCUCCAGCUGCAGAUUAACACUCCACACCAUCGGGUAAUUUAGGAAGCAAAAGCAACUUGGCCUCUGGAUUUUCCAUCUGCCACAGAAGCAAACCAGCUGGAAGACUUUAUUUCUUGGCUCCUGACAGUCAUCACACUAGCUUUAAAAUGAAGCUAUUGAAGUGGACUUUGGGUGUCCUGCUGUUCCUGCUGCUGUCUAUCGGGCGCUGUACGGAACAAUCCACGCCGGGCAAGACGCCCCAGCAGAGGCAGCCUCGUUCAGCAGACGGGGGAGAGGAAGGGAAGAAAUGUGGUUACACCUUCCUGGUCCCAGAACAAAAAAUCACAGGGCCGAUCUGCGUGAACACGAAUGGCCCGAGCACUGGGAACAGGAAAGAUGAAGUCACCAGGAUGGACAUCGAGAACCUGAAGGAUGUGCUGUCCAAGCAGAAGCGGGAGAUCGACAUUUUGCAGUUGGUGGUGGAUGUGGACGGGAACAUUGUGAACGAAGUCAAACUGCUGAGGAAAGAAAGCCGGAACAUGAACUCGCGCGUGACCCAACUGUACAUGCAACUCCUGCACGAGAUAAUUCGGAAACGCGACAACUCGCUCGAGCUUUCCCAGCUGGAAAACAAAGUCCUUAACGUUACAACAGAAAUGCUGAAGAUGGCAACAAAAUACAAGGAGCUUGAGGCAAAGUACGCAGCGCUAACCGACCUGGUAAACAACCAGUCGGUGACUAUCUCGCUGCUGGAGGAGCAGUGCCUGAGGAUCUUCUCGCGCCAGGACCCGCACGGGUCCCCGCCCCUGGUGCAGGUGGUGCCGCAGCACAUCCCCAACAGCCAGUCCUACACCCCCGUCCUGCUGGGAGGCAACGAGAUCCAGCGGGACCCAGGCUACCCCCGGGACAGAGACGUACGGCCACCACCUGACCCCGCCACCUCUCCUACCAAGAGUCCUUUCAGACUACCACCUCUGGCUUUGAUUAACGAGGGUCCAUUCAAAGACUGCCAACAUGCCAGGGAAGCUGGGCACACCAACAGUGGCAUCUACAUGAUCAAACCCAAAAACAGCAACGAGCCGAUGCAACUCUGGUGUGAGAACAGCCUGGACCCCGGAGGAUGGGCAGUUAUCCAGAAGAGGACAGAUGGAUCUGUCAACUUUUUCAGGAACUGGGACAGUUACAAGAAAGGAUUUGGGAACAUUGAUGGAGAGUACUGGCUGGGACUGGAAAACACGUACAUGCUCACCAAUCAGGAUAAUUACAGACUCUUGAUUGAGCUGGAGGACUGGAGCAACAAGAAGGUCUACGCAGAGUACAGCAGCUUCCGCCUGGAGCCCGAGAGUGAAUUCUACCGGCUGCGCCUGGGCACGUACCAGGGCAACGCUGGAGACUCCAUGAUAUGGCACAAUGGAAAGCAAUUCACAACACUGGACAGGGACAGGGACAUGUAUUCAGGAAACUGUGCUCAUUUCCACAAGGGCGGCUGGUGGUACAACGCGUGUGCCCACUCCAACCUCAACGGGGUCUGGUACCGAGGGGGCCACUACAGGAGCAAGUACCAGGAUGGAAUAUUUUGGGCUGAGUACCGGGGGGGUUCCUACUCCUUGAAAGCAGUUCAGAUGAUGAUCAGACCUAUAGACUGAGGAGGAAAAUCCCACAGUGCUCCCACAGAAAAUUCUCAGUGUUUGAGCUCCAGAAAAAUAAAAUAUUACUUUUUAAUCAUUAUUUUGCACAAUUUGCCCCUGCAAAAAGCAGGUCUCCAGUUUUCCAGUCUUCUUUCCCUUGUCAUGUUCCCCUCUCCUUUAUUAGGAUCCUUCUCUACUGUGACAGACAGUUGUUUUUUUUAAACACACAUUCACAAAAGCAGAUGUUUGUGCUUGCAAAGCAUAUUUAUCUUUUUUCCAAGAUCAACAUG